AUGAAAAAGUUUGGAGGAGGAGUGUUAUUGGUGCUCAAUGCAUUGCUUGCAAUGAUCAUCAUAUUUGCUCCAUCACAAAUCUUAUCUCUUGCAACUACAAAUGUAUUAUAUGUUGAUCCAUCAAAUGUCAACGCAUGUACGAUUAAAGUAACGGAUUGUGGUACAUCAGUCAAACCAUUUACGACGAUAGGUGAUGCAAUCGCAGCUGCCAUGCAAGGUAGUACCUCUGAGCUAUCGACCAACUACAACUGGGUUGUAUUGGUCAAUCCAGUGCAAUCGUAUGUUGGAACUCAAAACAUUGGAAUCAACGUCCAACUCGCCAAAGGGUCGUCCAUCGAACUACGUUCAAUGACUGCAACCACUGUUACCAUCGAUUGUCAAGGUUCCGGAUACUUUAUGAAUAUUCGUUCGACCUCUCACUUUAAGAUGAACAAUUUCCUGGUCAAGAAUUGUAAUGCCAAUAUUGGUGGUGCCAUGUCUAUCGUCCAGUCAUCGGCCACUCUUACCAAUUGUAACUUUUUUAACAAUCAAGCAGCGAUUGGAGGUGCUCUUUACAUUGAUAGUUGCAAGUCGGUUAUUAUCUCUGCCACCAAGUUUGACAAAAACAUAGCCUAUGAACGUGGAUCUGCCUUUGAUGUUAACAACUCGCCAGAAGUCGAACUCUUCAAUGUCGAGUUUGCCGGCAAAACAUUUUCGUGUCGUCAAUCGUCGGUUGUUGCAGAUACCAUUAUCUCAGCAGAAAAUGCCGGUGUCAAAUGUGAUGAUCAAUGUUCAUUCUCAAAAGGAGGUACUGUCAUUUGCCAUCGUACCGUUGAUAACAUCAUUGGUGACAUUCUCAUCCAGUAUCCAUUUUGUCUCCCGUCCAGAAACUCUUUGAAUUGUGAAACACGUUGCCAAUCAACUACCGAUAGUUGUCUAUCAUGUGACGCAUGUCCUUGUUUCAUGUCCGGAGCAUUCGUGACCACCGCCGUUGGAAGUUGUACCAAAUCAAGAUUCGUUACACCGACCAUCAACUUGGACGAUUUAUUGCCAGGUAUAACCGACAAGGUCACCAUUGAUAUUGUCGCCUAUGUCAAAGUGCCAAAGUCUGGAUAUUACAGCUACUCUACCCAUAGUACUCAUCUCGGUAUCUCACUUCAAAUGGACUCGCGUACAAUGCUCUUGUCAGCCUACCAAAGAGAAUUAUGGUCAUCCAAUCGUACGAUUUACCUCGAACAGAAACAUCCACAUGCUCUCUCAUUCCGACUCACCUCACCAGCUACAUUUGUAGCUCUCAAAAGAUCGUUUUCAUUUUCAUUUGACAAUGGACAAGGAAUUGAAAUGUUCUACAGUCGAUCGAUCUGUGGAGAUGGUAUAUUCCAUAAAGAUAUGACUGAUUGUGAUCAUGAUAAACAUAUUGUACCAGCAAGCGGAAAUAUAGUAUGUGGUGAUAAUAUUUGCAAUGAAGAUAAUCCAAACGAUUGUUUCCAAGAUUGUUAUUCACACAUUACACCGAUUUGUGAUGCCCGUAAAGUACCAAAGAACCACAUUGCUCCAGGUUUUAUUACACAAGAUGAUACUCUUGGUGCCAUUAUCGACAACCAAAUGAUUUGGCAUCUUCCAGGAUCGGAACACAUGACGACAGCCAUUGAUAUUGUCUCUGGAGAACAUGCUCAAAAACCAAUAUUCUACUUUGGAUAUUGUUCAGACAGCGAUAUUAAUCUUGUUCAAGAUGUGUAUCGUGGAUCAGUCUAUGAAUUACCAAAGGAAUUGGCCGGGAAAAUGCUUCCUCAAUGUUCAUUUGAUACAUCGACAACCACUCAUUCAAGUGUCACAGAGAUGAAAGAAUCAAAGACAAAGAAAUCAAUGUCAUCUUAUAGUGGAUCUAUUGGAGGAUCAUAUGAUGGGGUUGGAGCCGAAGUAAAUGCAGCCUACUCAAAAGAUCAAUCAAUCACUCAAACCAACUCGAAAUCAGAUUCUUCUACUUCGACCAUCUUUGUCACCGAAGUAGCCUGUAACGUGUCAACUGUCGAGUUGGUAGAGAUUGUCUUCCACCCAACCUUUUUAAAAGAUGUCAAGAAAUGUAAAUCUGUGAAUGACAUGGUCGGUGUGAUCGAGAAGUACGGUACACACUAUAUCAAAAGUGGAGUGUUGGGAGGAAAACUCACUCAAUCGACCAUCACCUCUGAAGUGAUGACAAGCUCGGAACAAGAGGCUGACUGGAGUGAAAGCAGUAAAAGAUCGAUGGGUGCAUCCAUAAAGACACCCGUACUCCAAGGAGGAGCAUCCAACUCUGAUACCUCAGACUCUACUCUUUCUGGGAAACAACAGGACGAGAAGAUGGCAAAAUCCGAGAGAACAUCGAUCGUCACACUUGGUGGAUCGCCAGGAUCGUAUGCACCAGGAAGUUCGUCACAAGGAGAAAUGUUCCAAAAGUGGGCAUCGUCAAUUGAUCUCAAUCCAGCCGUUAUUUCACAGGAUCUCUAUCCCAUUCGUGAUAUUAUCCCAUCGACAUGGAUGACUUCGGUUGUUGGAAAGAAUGUUCAAUCAUUAUGGAAGGAUGCAGAGACAAUUUACUAUGACAGGAAUUUGUUCAAUGACAGAUCACUCGCUAAAAAACAAGAAAUCAAGUACAUGAUGUUGAUAUAUACGACGCCAUACACUGCCGAAUACCUUCCCCAAAUCACGAUCAAAUGGACCGACGUUAAAAACAAGCCAAAAGAAUCAAAGAUCGAUCCAUACUUUAAAAGAAGAAAAGACGCCAACUCUUGGUAUCCCUCCUAUGUCAUGGACUUGAAUUAUGUCGUCCCCUCUGCCAAUGAUAAAUGCUGGACGAUUCCAACAGCGUUCCCUUCUUACUACAAGUUAACAGACACCUCUCAACAAUAUUGCCAGUAUAGUCGUAAAUCCAUCCUAUCACCGCUUCGAUUUGACUUUGUGUUGGAUGCCGACUUUUUAACGAGUAUCACCAGACCCGUUAUCACAGUCACCGAUGUUCCUUUAGCCAUCGAUCCAACGUUUUCGAUUGUCAGAUUUGAAUCGUCGGAAGGUAUCAUAUUUGACAAGAACGGCGGAUACAAACCAUUCGCCAAAACCUAUGUCACCACGGCAGUAUCGCACCUUUUUGGACCUCAUCUUGUUGGACCAUUGGAUACCUACUUGCGCACGCCUUCAACCCCUGCAUCUGCUCUCAGAAACGGGCUUGCAAAUUUUUACAAACCCCAAGAAUACUCUACAAUCAAAGACACUAUCCAAAUCUUGUAUACCAAUCCAUCAGCGACAGAAGCAACAUUGGGUGAACACCAAUUCGUUUGGGAGGUUAAUAAUGAACACAGAUACACCUACGGCUAUUUCUCGCAUCCCUACACCACCGGCACACCUACCUAUCGUUACAAGAACAUCUAUCAAAUCGGAAGCACUGCUCGAGUCGACUGGGCACUCUCCAUGGAACCCCAACCAUCCAUUUCCUCGUGGAAGCGAAAGGCCCGUUACCAUCACACUGCAAUGAACUUUUAUGCUGAAUUCACUCCAACUAUUAGUGGCAGCUCCAUGAACAUGAAAAUCGAAUCGAUGGACCCAAAUAGAUUUGAAUGGCUGUACACUAGAAACUAUGUUAGGGAAAGAGAGAUUAUGUAUGAUUAA